UGAUAAUAUUUUUUAAUAUUAAUUCAAAAUUAUAAUAUAAUGUAUAAUUAUUUGUGUACAUACACAAAAACGAUGAAGAGAUUCGAUUAUAUUACUAGACUUCGGUUAAUAAUAAAAUAAAAUAAUUUGUUUAAUUGAAUUAUGUUUAAUCAUAACUGUGAUAAAUUAUGAUUCACUACUUAAGUCUUAUUGUUGUUCUUGUUCAACCUCUUCAAAGUGUAAAGAUUAACGAGACGAAUCUAAUUGAUCAUUUAACACCAUUUGAAUGGAGACAUUUUGUUGGAUCUAAUGUAGAACAGAAUUUUGGGGUAACUUAUUUAAAUCUAAAUCAAUUAACUGGAGGACAAGUUAAUCUUACAUUUGAUCGCUUAGAUCAGAAUUUUCGGCUUGAUUUGCGAAAAAACCAAGGUCUGCUUGAUGAAAAAUUUGUAGUACUGAAAAGAGUCGCCGGAAAGUCAGAAAUUAUAGAUAAUCCAUGGAAUGACACUGACUGUUAUUAUCACAGUCUUUCACCUCACGUGGCUGCCCUUGACGUUUGCAACGGAAUAAGGGGUAUCAUUAAGUCUGACGGGGACGAGUAUUACGCCAUUAGCCCGUUACCGGAACGAUUUCACGAUCCAAAUGAAACACCACACGUAAUUGUUCAAAUUAAAAACGCGGCCAACCUGAAAAAUUCACUUGGUAAAUUUAUGACAAAAAAGAAAAUUGAUCAGACAGCAUCUGUAAGUCGUAGUAAAAGAGAUAUUUGGUCAUCUAGAGAACUGAAUUUAGAGAUAGCUAUUUUUGUGGAUCAAGACCUUUAUAGGUUAAUGGCCGUGAGUUUCGAAUCAAAUACUGAAAAAGAAGUCAUUAGAUUUGUUUUGGCCAUGAUAAAUGCUGUUGAUUUGCUCUAUCACGAUCCUUCACUUGGUCGACAAAUAAACUUUAUCUUAAAAAGAUUAGAGAUAUUGCACACAGAUCCGGAAGGCUUAAACAGAUCUAAUGAUAUAGAUAGGUUUUUGAGUGAUUUUUGUAAAUGGCAGCAAGUAGAAAACCCACCGCUAGACUCAGAUCCGUUACAUUGGGAUCAUGCCGUUAUUUUAACCGGUCUUGACUUAUUUGUUUCUGGAAAAAAUGGAAAAAUAAGUAAUCAAGUUGUAGGUUUAGCACCAGUAGCAGGAAUGUGCACCAAAACUAGUAGCUGUACCGUAAACGAGGGUCGCCACUUUGAGAGUGUCUAUGUAGUAGCACAUGAAAUUGGUCAUAAUUUAGGGAUGCGACAUGAUGGUGCAGCAUCUGAUAAUAACUGUGAUUCAACAAGCUUUAUAAUGUCUCCAACUUUAGGAAGUGGUAAAAUAACUUGGUCAACGUGCAGUCAUGAUUAUUUAGAAAAAUUUUUACAGAGCUCACAAGCAGUAUGCUUGUUUGACGGAGGUGACUCAUCAGAUUAUUUGGAUCAUAAGCAACAGGGUAGAUUACCUGGUGAAAGAUUUGAUUCACGUGAACAAUGUAUGCUCAAAUAUGGAUGGGGAAGCACACACGCCUCCAGUCAAGAUUUGGGAGAAAUUUGUCGAGAUCUGCACUGUCAACGCGAUCGAUAUACAUGGACUUCACACCCAGCGCUCGAAGGCUCACUUUGUGGUUCAAAUAAAUGGUGUCGUAGUGGUCGAUGUGUUAGCAAAGGAUUAUCGGCCUUACAAGCUGGCUUUGUUCCACAUCAAAGUGUUGAUGGAGGAUGGAGUGAAUGGACGCCCUAUUCAGAUUGCGCUUCAUCUUGUUUGCUUGGAGAUAAAAAUGAUCUGAAUAGUGGUAGUACUGGUAUAAUGAGUUCAAUUAGGCGGUGUAAUAAUCCGAGGCCAGAAAAUGGAGGAAAAUUAUGUUCUGGUGAAGAUCAGAAGUAUAAAUCAUGUUAUACAGAGCAAUGUGCUAAUGCGCCUCAAUUAACCAUAAAAGAUUUUUCUAAUGAAGUAUGCCUAAGAGCUAAAGAAUAUGAUACGGAAUUAAUUGGUACUGGUUAUCAAAAAAUCAGUUCUGAUCCGAAAGAUGCGUGUACUGUUUGGUGCCAUAAACACAAAGGUGGCAUAAAAAGUCGAGGAUGGUCAUUUCCUGAUGGCACCACUUGCCAAAUAAGAAAAAAUAAUGGAUUAAGCUAUUGUGUUGGAGGGUAUUGUAAAGAGUUUAUAUGUGAAAAAUUGUCUACGUCUGAUUCACUUUAUAUAGAAUCAGCUAAAGCUUGUAUAAUAGAUGAACCACGAAAAUAUUUAAGAUCGCCAUCUCCACCACUGCCACUUCUUCCAGAAAUUUCUGAAGUAAUAGAAUGGACUUGGCAAUCUAUAUCUGUGUGUCAUUACAGCUGUAUGACACCAGGAAUGGGUCUUAAAUUAGUCGAAGGAAAAAUUUGUAAAAAUUGUGAACCAGUUAUAAGCAUUAAAAUAUGCAGACCACAAAAAGAACAAUGUAAAACGGGCUUAAAAAAUACAGCUGAUUAUGCCACAUCUGUAUGCUCAAAAUAUGGACAAAAGGUACAACGUUUAUCAGGUUUGGGUAUGCAGUUAUCAUCAGUUUCAGACGAUCUGGAUAGACCCUGUAAACUAGCGUGUCAAGACCAAGUAGUACCACAUAGAUUUUACAUUGUUAAUGGCGAAACAGGUUGGUUUCCUUUUGGCACUGAUUGUUCAAGAGGCGAUACUGAUCGAAAAGCAUUUUGUUUAGGGGGAAAAUGUUUGGAAUUUGGUUUAGAUAAUAUGCCAAUGUCAACUGAUGCAUUAACAAUACAUAGCAAUUUUAGUUUAAAUAAUCGCAUUAAACGGGGCCUUACCUACUUAAAAAAUAUUCCUAAACCAGAUCAAAAGACGUUAGAACAAUUGUUGAAUUUAAAAAACAUCGAAAGGUUUUCAAUAAAUGAUUAUGAUAUAAAGAAAGUAGACGUCGACAAUCCUAUAGAUUUUCAAAUUGUUUGAAAAUUAAAACGUUGUACAUAUAAUUUGAAAAAUAUAAUCGUAAUCAAAUAACUAGUAAAUGUAAAGUGUAAAUAAAUUUAAUUUACGUUUUUCUAUUGAGAUUAUUUAUGUAAAUUAAAUAAUAAGUAUGAUUUUUUGAGAUCAAUACUAAGUCCUUGAACUUAAUUAAUAAAGUUGUUUAGGAAAGAAAAAUACUUAAUGUAU